AUGGAGGAAAAGGAAAAAUGCACAGAAGCAAGUAGUAGAGGGAGGAAAGAAGAAAAGGAAGCGUGGGGAGCCCGUGAAAAGAAAAGAGAGAAAGAAAGAAAGGAAAAGACAGAAGGACAGAAAGGUACAGGACCAAGUGAGACUGGACCUUGGUUCGACAAUUCGACAGCAGCAGAGCAGAAGGAGGAGGAGAUCGAUGCGGGCGAGAUGCCGAUCGCACGGGACAAUUUAACCAACUGGAGAUUCAAUGACUGA